AUGGACAUGGCCAGUGGAUAUUUUCAAGUAGAACUUCACCCAGAUGAUCGCGAAAAAAGUGCCUUCAGUACUCCUACAGGACAUUAUGAAUUUAAAAGAAUGGCAAUGGGCCUUCGAAACGCACCCAGUACAUGGCAACGCCUCAUGUACUCAGUUUUCUCAGGCUUAGUUGGACUUGAAUGCUUGGUCUACUUAGAUGAUGUUAUUGUGUUUAGUACAUCAGAUGUCAAAGAACACUUACAACGCUUACGCGAUGUUUUUGACAGAAUGAGACAAGCCAAUCUUAAAUUAAAACCCACCAAAUGUAAUUUUCUUAUGAAAGAAGCCAAAUAUCUUGGACAYAUCAUUUCMGUCGACUCCCAAGGAGUUUCAGUCCUAUCAAUGUUUAACACGGAAGAAAUGGAAAAGUUAGCUGAAUCAACAAUUGCCAAAAUGUGGGGUUGGCUCAGCUGGAUAGGAAAUAUCACCAGCGGAAUGAUUGGACUUUAUAUAGUCUGGAGAGUACUCAAAUGGAUUCUGGAAGUUGUGAUAAACGCAAUCACAAUCCACCAAACACAUGGAUGGUCUUUCAAAUUAUUAGCCAGUUUUUGGGACAGCCUUACAUUAUGGUUCCUACACCUUAAACACAAAAAGGAAGUCGCCAAAAAUUUAACGCAACAAACACCAACUAGAACUCCUGAACCAUCUGCUCCGGAAUUAGUAGACAUAGAAGUAAAUUCCCUUAGCAAAUCAGAGCCUUGUCUUGCUACCCAAACAACCCAACCAAUCUACCCAAGCCUAUCAACCAGUUCAUCCCAGAAACAAGUCACUUUUGUAGAGACGCCCGAUAAAAAGACUUGGCUUUAA